AUGGCACCCAAGGCACUUGUUCCUUUGCUUGUCACCAUGAUGCUUGUGACAGGCGUCUGCAAUACUCUUCUCACCAAAUAUCAGGAUAACAUCUGCGUGAGGGACUGCGACGAUCCGAACCCCAAGGAACACAAGAUGUUCUCGCAACCUGUCAUCCAAACGGUACAGAUGUUUAUCGGCGAAAUGGGCUCCUGGCUCUUCGUGGGCGGGUUCGCCCUCUACAAGCGAUACAUCGUCCGAACGACCUCCGCAGAAGAGAAUGGCUACCAGGCAGUCGAUACCUACGAGAACGGAGCUGCGGAUACCAACGAUGCGGACAGCAUACGGUCCAGCACGCCGAUCAACCCAGCGGUUAAAGUGCUGGUUCUCAAUUCCGAGGAGAGGUUACCGCUGAAAGGGUGGAAGGUCUCUUUAUUGAGUCUUCCCGCGAUUUGUGACAUCUGCGGGACGACGUUAAUGAAUGUGGGCUUGUUAUUCGUGGUCGCAUCGAUAUACCAGAUGACAAGAGGAGCACUUGUGUUGUUCGUUGGCCUCUUUAGUGUCAUAUUCCUCCGAAGGACUUUACAUCUCUUCCAAUGGUUUGCAUUAGUUACCGUCGUCCUCGGAGUUGGGAUCGUGGGGUUGGCGGGCGCUAUCUAUAAGGAUCCAAAGGCCACUCCGUCAGCGCUCAUACUCGCCAGAGAAGCCUUCGUUGUACUUGCCGCGGAGGCGAGAACUCCCGAGGCUCUGCGAGCUAUUAUUGGAGUCUUCUUGAUCGCUGGUGCCCAAAUUUUUACUGCUUCACAAUUCGUUCUCGAGGAAUAUAUUCUAGAGAAGUAUGCGUUGGAGCCUCUCAAGGUUGUCGGAUGGGAAGGACUCUUCGGGUUCUCGGUGACUGUUCUUGGAAUGGUUAUCAUGCACUUGGCUGUUGGAAGAACUGAUGCUGGCCAAUACGGUUAUUUUGAUCUUGUUGAAGCGUGGAGGGAAAUCAUCGAAUACAGGGCCAUCGGAGUAUCGAGCAUCUUGAUCAUGAUUAGUAUUGGUGGAUUCAACUUCUUUGGACUCUCGGUCACAAGAAAUGUCAGCGCAACAGCGCGAUCAACAAUCGAUACCUGCAGAACUCUUUUCAUUUGGAUCGUAUCCCUUUUCCUGGGAUGGGAGAGCUUCAAAUGGUUACAAGUCCUCGGAUUUGCGCUCUUGGUUUACGGUACCUUUCUUUUCAAUGGGCUGGUCCGGCCGCCGCUGAACCGCUGCAUUGUGCGUGACGUUGAAGAAUUGCUACCAGAAGAGCCAAUAGAGCACCAGUAG